AUGUUUUCCAAUAUCGAUCAAACCAAGUUAUUUGGAUAGCAAGUAGUUUCGAGUAAUCUUUUUUCUUCUUAGCCGAAUACUGAAAUCACUUCAACAUCUAAAGGAGGAUCAUUCGGCUAGCUGGCAGCAAUUCAAAAUUAAAAUAGUCAACAAAUAAAGGAUGACAUAUUAUUUGUUAUUGAACUGACUCCCAUAUUUCUAGAAGAAUCAUUUCAACAGAAUAAAGGGCACAAUUAAUACGGCUAAACGAACUAAAAUAUGUUUAGUUUCAACAAUUUGCUAAUGAAAUUUGGAGUUAAGAUAUUUGAUCAGGAUGGAAAAUGCUCAACAUAGAUGAACCCUUUCAUUCCAUUUUCAUAACUUUAAAAUAUGAAGAUUGAAAUUAGAAAGAAAACUGUUAUAGCUAAUGAAGAUUCUCAUCAAUUUGAAAAAGACUCAAAGUAUUGCAUAGACAUUGACUAUUCAACUCCAAAAGAUGCCAAUUAGGAUUUUAAAUAGAAAUUUCUCUCAACCUCAACUACUUUUGAAAACAAACAUAAACAAUAGAUGAUCCAAUUUAAACCUUUAAAAAUGCUAAAUAAAAUGUCUCAUUUGAAAACUAAUCAACUGGAAAACUAUAGCCUAAUAAACUUAAAGUUCAAGAAAAAGUAAAUUACCAUUCAUUAAAGCUAUUAGUCAAAUUUGAAAUCCUAUGACUAUGAAGAGCAGAAAUCAGGAAAAAUACUAGUUUAUGAAGACGAAGAAACUAGUAUUGAGGAUAAAUUGUCAUCAACCAAUUAAGUAAAAUAAAAUAAGGAGCUUAAUCCUAGUUAAGCUGAUGUUAAGGUAACUGGAUAGAUUAUGGAUUAAUAGAAAAAAUCUGUUUCAGAUACUCUUUGA